AUGCCACAGGAUAGCGUUCGCGAAUUUUCUGAGAAGUCAGCAUUAGUGGAUGCUUCAAUGUCCGGGCAUUGGGCUGUACGUAGAGAAGGAAACAUGACAAGCCCAACAAAUCCAACUCGAUCAGCCCCAGUAGGUUAUGGAUUCCAUCCAACCGAUGAAGAAUUAGUCAACCAUUUCUUGAAGCUAAAAAUGCAAGGUGGCUAUGAUCACGAAGUUGGCAUAAUUGCCGAGGUUAAUGUGUGCAAUUUUGAACCUUGGGAACUGCCUGGGCUUUCAGCAAUUCAGUCAAAUGAUCCAGAGUGUUAUUUCUUUUCUCCUCGCAUUUAUAAGUACUCCAAUAGCCAGCGGAGGGAAUUCGUUCUAUGCAAACUGAAGAAAGAUCCGGAUGAUAUGCCAACAUUUGAAGAAGGUGAACCAAGUUCCAAUGUAGCUUCUAAUUCUCCAAACAAUGUGAUACAGGAAGAUCAACUGGAAUCAUUCCUUGGAGUUGAUGAAGGAGAUUAUAACUGA